GCUCCCGGCCAUGGCUCAGAGGCUGCCCGAGCUGGUGGAGGAGCUCACGACCUCGGGGGAGCCCCAGCUGAACGCGGGCAAAAUGAAGGAGCUGAAGAAACUCUGCAAGUCCUCGGUGGAGCAGCUGGGCCACACCUACCACUUGCUGAAGGCCCAGCUGAGCCAGGAGCACGCCCAGGUUCGCCUCUCCACUUUCCAGGUCAUGGAGCAGCUCUUCGCCAGGUCGCACCACUUCAGGACACUGCUGGUGUCUGAUUUCCAGGAGUUUCUGGAGCUCACACUGGGCACCAACCAUUCACAACCUCUGCCGCCUCCCCAGGAGGUGGCCCGGCAGCUUCGGCAGGCAGCUCUGCGGGCUGUCAAGGACUGGACAGCCCAGUACGGUGCAGCCUACAAGAAGCUGGACUUGGGUUACCACUUCCUGAGGCACAGCAAGCAGGUGAACUUUCAGGAUAUGGAUGCACGGACUCCAGCAGAACGGCGGCGGGACGAGGCGAGGCAGAGGCGCUUGGAUCAGAUCCACCAGGACCGUGCCCAGCAGGCUGCAGGCCGCAUGGAGGAGAUGUUCACGGAGAUCCAGUGCUGUCUCACAGAGCUGGACAGCUGCUUUGAGCUGUUGCUGCCCUUUGACCUCGCUGGAGCCUCCCACACGGCAGAGAACAAGUUAGAGCCCCAGGAGGAAGAGCAGCCAUGUUGUAGCAGGAGCCUCUCAGAAGCAGACCACCCAGCAGCUGCCCCUGGAGCCUCCUCCGAGGACGAUGAGAGUGACCAGGAUGAGUUUGUGCGGUGCCACGGACUGGGCUCCCACAAGUACACGCUGCAGGUGGAUCUAUCCACAGAUGGCCUGAGGGUGCAGGAGGACGAGGACAAUGCCGCCAUCAUCCACUCAGCACGGGAUGCACUAAAGCUCAUCCAGAACAAGUUCCUGCCGGCCGUGUGCUCCUGGGUCCAGGUCUUCACCCGGGCAGGAGUCCAGGGAGGAUCUCUGCAGAAGGCCAUCAGCCUGAAGGUGGAGUUGGAGAAGGCCCUGCGGAGGGGCAGGGAGUUGGCCAUUGAGCCCCAGGAGCUGCGCCAGCACCAGAUGGCCACCACAGGGGACACGGAUGAGGACGAUGAUGACGAAGACUUUGUAGAGGUCCUGGAGAAGGAAGGGUACGAGGCCCACAUCCCUCACCACCUGUGGGCAGAGUAUGGGCUGGAGGAGAAGCCUGCGGCGCAGGGCUCAGCAGCAAGAACAAGGACAAGCAGGGAGGAGGAGGAGGCAUGUGACCCCACCACGGCUGCUGCCCAGCUGCAUCAUCGCCCCCGCCACCCACCCUCUACCCCCAGGGCCCUCAGCACACCACCAGCAUCACCAAAGCCAGAGGAGACUGGGAGACUGGCAGAGCGGGCUCGGGCGCCUGUGGUGCCCUUCGGCGUAGACCUGUGCUACUGGGAACAGGAGCAGCCACCAGUUGGCAAGAUUCUCAGAGCCGACUCGGAGCACCGCUUCUGGAAGCCGAGCGAGGUGGAGCCAGAGGUGGAUAGUGCCACUGUGGCCGAGACACUGCGUACACGGCGCAUCACAUUUGCAGGAACAUUCGAGCCUGUACAGCACCGGUGCCGUGCCCCACGACCUGACGGCAGGCUGUGUGAACGCCAGGACCGGCUGAAGUGCCCUUUUCAUGGGAAGAUUAUCCCGAGAGACGACACUGGCCAGCCCCUCCGUGAGGAAGACCGAGUACGGGAACAGCAGCAACAGCUGCAGAAACAGGCAGAGCGGCCAGACUGGAAGGACCCUGCGUUCCUGCGCGAUGUGGAGGCAGCAACAGGGGUGGACCUUGGCUCGUCGCUGUGCGGCAAGGGCAAGGGCAAGGGCAAGAAGAGGAAGCAUCCUGGCCUGACAGACCUCAGGCAGCAGACCAACACCCCCCGUACACGCAUCGCCAAGAAGGUGUUUGCCAAGAAAGCCAUGCAGAGGGUGGUGGCGGCCAUGAACCAGAUGGACCAGAAGAAGCACGAGAAGUUUGCCAACCAGUUUAACUACGCACUGAAGUAGAGGGCGGGUGCCUGCUCACACAGCCUGGGCUCUCAGAGGGGCCCGCAGACCCCACCCCGCACAGCUG